AUGUCGAUCGCACCAGCAUCACUCAAACAUAUCACAGCCAUGUCGUUCGAGUUUGCGCCACUGAGCACGUCUCAAGCUUCUCGUUCCAUGCGGUUGCUUCUCGCCCGUCUUCCCACCAAACCACCGAUGCCAGGAAUGGAUCUACCAGAUGUCACGACCAAGACAGUGCCAAACGCGGUACAGCAAAAGAUUGAAAUCACAUACAAGAACAAGCAGAAACUUGUUCUGGAUCACAUUGCUUCCAAAACGAGGUUGUCCGAUCUAGUCAAGAAGAUCGAGGAACCUGCACGAGCACUCCGUCUGAAAGAAGAGGGUCUCUAA